AUGGGCUUCUGGAAGUUCCCCCCCUUCGUGGUCCUCAGCAUCCUGGUCUUGUACCAGGCAGGCAUGCUCCACUCAGCACCAUUCAGGUCAGCCUUUGAUAGUUGUUUUGAUCCUGCUACAUUUACUGGGGAGGAGUUCCGCCUCCUACUGGCUGCAAUGCUGUAUGACUGUGAGGACAGGAAGGCCCUUGAGCUGGAGAAGAAGCAGAAGACAGAGGGCUCCAGUAGAGCCAGCCAAAAGAGAGCCUGCAACAUUGCCACUUGCAUGACCCUGGCCACCUGUUGGCCAGUCGCUGAGCAGUUGGGGUGGGGAGGGUGA